AAGGUAAGGUAAGCUACAUUCAACGGAGAAGUGAUGAGGCUGCGGCGUAGCUUUAACUACAAACAUAUGCACAACAGAUAGAUACAAAAGAUCACUCACCCUCCUCCCUUUUAACCUCACAAAUUUCAUGAAUCAUUGCUUCCUCACUCGUCUCCAUUGCUUCUUCUCCUCCUCCCCACACAUCAAUCUCAUUCUUGACUAAUUAUAUGUUGUAAUAAAAUUCCAUCCUCAACAGGGAGGCAAAUCAAUCAAUGGCUUCUCUUCCCUUCGUUGUUGACAAGGGUUGUUGUAGUCUUGUCGGGAACAGGAACUACAGUCUGCCAUUCUUAUCUUUUUCUGUUAAAAAUUCAAUUUUUAAGAUCAAGGCAACAAGAAAGGAUUAUGGGCAAGUGGGGGGUGCUGAUUCUGAUGGUGAUGGUGAUGCUAUUCAGGCUGCAAUCAACAAGACUCACAAACUUUUAGCUGUGCAGAAACAACUGAUUAACCAGAUUGCAGAAAGAAGGAAAUUGGUGUCAUCUAUAAAUAAUGCAGUGAAUGAUGCUGAAUUUUCAAAACAGGGAGACGGAUCUUUCCCUAGUUUAGAGAGUGCUGAAGGUCGUGGUUCUGAUACUUUUGAAGAAGGUUAUGCUCCAGAUUUUCUAUCUGGUAGUAGCCAUGAUGUAUCAGUGGAUGAGUCACAGGAAGAUCCAUCCCCAACUAUUAGUGAAGAUUAUGAUGAACAUACAAAUCAAAUUGGAAAAGCCCUUAUUUUUGAAAACUCUGUGGAUUACACUUCUUCUAAAGAGCUGAUAACCCCUCCUUCGAAGCAAGUGUAUCACAAUGAGCUUCCUCCCUUUCUUUCAGCUGCUUCUUCAUCAACUCCACAAUAUGAAAAGUAUGAAAGAUUGAAAGAUUCAAAAGUAGAGGAGCCCCAUCAUGAAGCCAAAGAUGUUUAUGUGAAGAACCCUCCUUUAGCUGGGGCUAAUGUGAUGAAUGUUAUAUUGGUUGCUGCAGAAUGUGCUCCAUGGUCGAAAACAGGUGGACUUGGAGAUGUUGCUGGAGCUUUACCAAAGGCAUUGGCUCGGCGAGGGCACAGGGUUAUGGUUGUGGUACCUCUCUAUGGAAAUUAUGCCGAGCCCAAGAAUACAGGGAUAAGAAAGUUGUAUAAGGUUGAUGGCCAGGAUAUGGAAGUGACUUACUUUCAUGCUUAUAUAGAUGGUGUAGAUUUUGUUUUCAUUGAAAGUCCUCAAUUUCGGCAUAUGGGAGACAAUAUAUAUGGAGGGAACCGGACGGAUAUUUUAAAACGCAUGGUUUUAUUCUGCAAAGCAGCAGUUGAGGUUCCUUGGCACGUUCCAUGUGGCGGGGUCUGCUAUGGAGAUGGAAAUUUAGUCUUCAUUGCAAAUGACUGGCAUACUGCCUUAUUACCGGUUUACCUGAAAGCAUAUUAUCGUGACAACGGAUUGAUGAAGUAUACAAGAGCAGUCUUAGUAAUCCAUAACAUAGCGCACCAGGGUCGUGGUCCUGUAGAUGACUUCGCCUUUGUCGAUCUUCCAGCACACUACUUGGACCUCUUUAGGAUGUAUGACCCAUUAGGAGGUGAGCACUUCAAUAUUUUUGCAGCUGGUUUGAAGACAGCUGAUCGUGUUGUUACAGUGAGUCAUGGAUAUGCGUGGGAGCUUAAAACACCUGAAGGUGGAUGGGGUUUGCAUGGAAUAAUAAAUGAGAAUGACUGGAAAAUGAAGGGGAUUGUAAAUGGGAUUGACACACAAGACUGGAAUCCUCAGAUAGAUAUUCACCUGAAAUCUGAUGGUUACACCAACUACUCUUUGGAUACACUUCAGACUGGCAAACCACAAUGCAAGGCAGCAUUGCAAAAGGAGCUUGGUUUGCCUGUCCGUAAUGAUGUUCCAUUAAUUGGGUUCAUAGGGAGACUUGACCAACAGAAAGGUGUUGAUCUGAUAGGUGAAGCAGUUCCUUGGAUAGUAGAUCAGGAUGCACAGCUGGUUAUGUUGGGAACCGGGAGACCUGACCUUGAGCAGAUGCUAAGACAAAUCGAGAGUCAGCAUCAUGAUAAAAUUAGAGGAUGGGUUGGCUUCUCUGUAAAGACUGCUCAUCGAAUAACCGCUGGUGCUGACAUAUUGCUGAUGCCAUCCCGAUUUGAGCCUUGUGGAUUAAAUCAACUUUAUGCAAUGUCCUAUGGUACUAUACCAGUUGUGCAUGCUGUGGGUGGAUUGCGAGAUACUGUUGAGCCAUUUAAUCCUUACGAGGAGUCUGGGGUUGGUUGGACUUUUGAUAGGGCCGAGUCAAGUCAGCUCAUUCAUGCAUUGGGAAACUGUUUAUUGACUUACCGCCAGUACAAGUCAAGUUGGGAGGGGCUUCAGAGACGUGGGAUGACACGUGAUCUGAGUUGGGAUAAUGCAGCUGAGAAUUAUGAGGAAGUCCUUGUUGCUGCUAAGCACCACUGGUAAGUUUAUGUAAUAGAACUAGAACAGAAUGUGUUGCUGCAGCCAGCAGGUGCAGGUGACCAUCUGCAUCUACUGAUACUGUUUAAACAACUUAGUAACUGCAAGGACCUACAGCAGAUUCUAGCAGGUAGUAAAUAUUGAAUGCAUGGUUAAGAACAAUAACAUCAGUCCCUGCCAGUGUUGUAUUCAAUCACCUGUGUGUAUAUAUCUGUCUUUAUUAA